CACCGAUCCGUUUCGAUUCGUGAGCGUAGCAGAAUGGGAGCUACGCUCUUCCACAUCACGCUCUUCUUUCUCCUAUUUUCCAUCGUCCAAUCACGGCUCUACACGUUGCCACAACCAAUCAUUCAACUCCCCCACCUCUUCUCUGUCGCCGACUACGGAGCCAUCGGCGAUGGCCUGCACUACGACACAGCCGCGAUCCAGGCGACAAUCGACGCCUGCCACUCCGCCGGAGGCGGCCAAAUCAGGUUCCCCCCGGGGACCUAUCUCACCGCCACGGUCUACCUCAAAUCCGGGGUGUACCUGGUGGUGGAAGAAGGCGCGAAGAUACUCGGCGGCACGAAGCUGGAGGACUAUCCGGAGGAGAGCAGGCGGUGGUACGUGGUGUUGGCGGAAAACGCGACGGAUGUGGGGAUAACGGGCGGAGGAGUGAUCGAUGGACAUGGAAUGAAGUUCGUGAAGAGGUUUGAGGAGGCGAAGAAUGUGAUGGUGAGUUGGAACGAGACUGGAGCUUGCUUGGGAGAUGAGUGUAGGCCGAGACUCGUGGGAUUCCUUGGUUGCAGGAAUGUUAGGGUUUGGAAUAUCCGCUUGAAUGAACCGGCCUACUGGUGCCUGCACUUGGUAGGGUGUGAUAACACAUCAAUUCAUGAUGUUUCCAUUUAUGGAGACUUCAAUACCCCAAACAAUGAUGGGAUAGAUAUAGAGGAUUCAAAUAACACAGUCAUCACUAGAUGCAGCAUUAGCACAGGAGAUGACUCUAUCUGUCCAAAGACAUCCAAUGGCCCACUCUAUAACUUAACGGUCACAAACUGUUGGCUUCAAAGUAGAUCCUCAGCAAUCAAACUUGGCAGUGGUAGUUUUUAUGAUUUCAAGGGUCUGGUGUUUGACAAUAUCACCAUUGAUGAUUCCCAUAGAGGACUCGGAAUGCAGAUACGUGAUGGAGGAGAUGUUAGUGAUGUUACCUUCUCCAACAUGAACAUCAAAACUAGAUACUACGAGCCAGCAUUAUGGUGGGGAAGAGCAGAGCCAAUCUACAUCACAACCUGCCCACGAGACUCCAACUCAAAAGAAGGUUCCAUCUCAAACAUACGCUUUAUCAACAUCUCUGCAACUUCUGAAAAUGGCGUCUUCUUGUCGGGUUCCAAAGCUGGACUCCUCAGCAACUUGAGAUUCCAGAAUGUGAAUUUUACUUACAGAAGAUGGACCAAUUUUCCAGAUGAUUUAGUAGACUACAGACCAGGAUGCCGGGGGCUUGUCAAACACAGCCCAGCCGGUAUGAUCAUGGAACACAUUGAUGGUUUGGAGCUGGAAAACGUUAAUAUGAGAUGGUCUGGUGUUAUCCAAAACAAGAGGUGGAACAACCCUCUAGACUUCCUGCCUUCAACUGUGAAUAACAUUUCUUUCCUUAAUUUCCAAUCUGGUUCCGAUUCAGUGAGGGAGAUCAGAGCCCCGAGGGAAGGAUCUAUAGUUUAAAGCUAUUCUCAGCUUCAAUUUUUUGUGAAGUAUAGUCAGUGGUGCUUUCAUUUCACUGUACAGGGCAGAUUCUGCUUGUGUACUGAUCCAAGUUGAAAACAUUUUGUGUUGUAUAAAUAAAUGAUUUUGUUUUUCAAAA